CGUAAAGAAAAGGCAAAGGAAAGAAGCCUAAGGAGCAUAAUAGCGUCAGUGAAAAAGAAACCAGUGAAGAAAGCGAUUCCAGUGAAUAUGGAAACCAAAGUUCCGGCCAUAGAAGGCGUCAUCACAAAGGUAGUCGAUAUUCGAAACACCAAACAAAAGGUGGCGAGGACGAGAACGAGCCUAAUGAAGACGACGAAUCUCCCAGUCAUCCAAAGAAACAACACCCUCAUGGAAAUAAGCAUAAACACGGUGGACAAACCGGUAAGCCCGAAGAGGAUACUGAUGAAGAAAUGCGAGGAAAAGGACACGGAGGAAAACACGGUUCAAAAGGUGGCAAAGAGGAGCCUAAUGAAGACGACGAAUCUCCCAGUCAUCCAAAGAAAAAACACCCUCACGGAAAUAAGCAUAAACACGGUGGACAAUCCGGUAAACACGGAGAAGACACUGAUAAAGAAAAGCCAGGAAAAGGAAAACCACACCGAGGCAAACACGGUGCAGAAAAAGGUAGCAAUGGUAAAAAACCAAAUUCACAUGGAAAGCAAGGUCACCCUCACGGAGGAGAAGACAAUAACUCCAGUGAACAGCCGAACAAACACCCCGGUCACACACGCCGUCCGCAUCACCGAGGUCAGCCAAAAGGAUCUGAAACGACUCCAAAAGGAAAACAACCAAAUGAGGAAGAUGACUCCGCCGAAGGAAGGAAUAAAAAGCCAUCUGAAGUAGGCAAAGGAAAAUCAGAAAACAGUGAAGAAAGCGAUUCCAGUGAAUACGGAAAUGACAGUUCCGGCUACAGAAGGCGUCAUCAUAAAGGAAGCAAAUAUUCGAAACACGGAUCAAAAGGUGGCAAAGACGAGCCUAAUAAAGAUGACGAAUCUCCGGGUCAUCCAAAGAAACAACACCCACACGGAAAUAAGCAAAAACACGGUGGACAAACCGGUAAGCCCAAAGAGGAUACUGAUGAAGAAAAGCCACACCGAGGCAAACACGGUGCAGAAAAAGGUAGCAAUGGUAAAAAACCAAAUUCACAUGGAAAGCAAGGUCACCCUCACGGAGGAGAAGACAAUAACUCCAGUGAACAGCCGAACAAACACCCCGGUCACACACGCCGUCCGCAUCACCGAGGUCAGCCAAAAGGAUCUGAAACGACUCCAAAAGGAAAACAACCAAAUGAGGAAGAUGACUCCGCCGAAGGAAGGAAUAAAAAGCCAUCUGAAGUAGGCAAAGGAAGCAACAAAAAGCCUGAAGAAGACAAAGGGAGGAAUCGAGAUGAUGACGAAAAUGAUGAGACUGGAAAUAAAAAAGAGAAGGGAAGAAAGGGUGGGAAAGGAAGACAUCCGGUAAAGAAAGGCAAAGGAAAGAAGCCUAACGAAGAUAGGAGCUACGAGAAAUCAGAAAACAGUGAAAAAAGCGAUUCCAGUGAAUACGGGCAUGACAGUUCUGGCUACAGAAGGCGUCAUCAUAAAGGUAGCAAAUAUUCGAAACACGGAUCAAAAGGUGGCGAAGACGAGCCUAAUAAAGACGACGAAUCUCCCAGUCACCAAAGAAACAACACCCUCAUGGAAAUAAGCAUAAACACGGUGGACAAACCGGUAAGCCCAAAGAGGAUACUGAUGAAGAAAAGCCACACCGAGGCAAACACGGUGCAGAAAAAGGUAGCAAUGGUAAAAAACCAAAUUCACAUGGAAAGCAUGGUCACCCUCAAGACGGUGAAGACAAUAACUCCAGUGAACAGCCGAAAAAACACCCCGGUCACACACGCCGUCCGCAUCACCGAGGUCAGCCAAAAGGAUCUGAAACGACUCCAAAAGGAAAACAACCAAAUGAGGAAGAUGACUCCGCCGAAGGAAGGAAUAAAAAGCCAUCUGAAGUAGGCAAAGGAAGCAACAAAGUGCCUGAAGAAGACGAAGGGAGGAAUCGAGAUGAUGACGAAAAUGAUGAGACUGGAAAUAAAAACGAGCAAGGAAGAAAGGGUGGAAAACAAAGACA